GAUCUUCAGCUGAUCAGAUUUAUUCCUCUUCUGGGGUAUAUGUACAUAUCUUUGUUCUAUAUCUAUUUCUAUAUAUAUAUAUAUAUAUAUAUAUCUCCUGCCAUGACGUCGAUUGCAUGAUGCAUCUGUUGCCGGCACAUUAUUAGGGGAGGUUGACACAGAUGUACGUGUUUUCUGUUUGAGCGUUGUGAAGUUUUAGUCUUUGAUCCUUAUUGGUAGAUUAAUAGUGUGCUGGUCCUCAUUUGUAAAGACAGGGUAUGGGAUUUAUGCCACCCUUCGUAAAGGACUUCUGUUGUGGGGUCAUUUCUACAAAUGAUGCACCGGCUCUGGUACAAGUCUUGAUCCCGUAUUGUCAGACCCUCAGCUCCUUCCCCCAGAAGCUAGUCCGCGGACGACGACGUCAGCGCGUGGCGACACGUCUUCAAUGUGCCUCAUGAGUAUUCAUUCCAGUAAUCGAUCGACGCACAGCUUCUUCAGAAUCAGCCAGCUCUUCGGGAAUCUAGCUUGAUAAGCGACGAGAAGCGACUGCGACCAUACUUAAACUCCAAGCCCUUUGUCGAAGGCUGCACUCUCAGCCAGGCGCCAAGUACUGGAAGCACGCAUUUCACGUUGCAUCAGAUGCUAGCUCUGGAGCUAAUCACGAAGUCUUCAUUGGCGCCGUUACCAGUUCUUAUCCAUUCUUGAUCGAUCAACUCAAACAGCUGGAUCAAGCACGACCCUCCCAUCAUGAAGUUAUUCGGGUGGGGAAAGAAUCAGGAUCCCCCACCUCUCCAGACGAGCGCCAAAGAAUUUCAGAAACCAGGUAAAGUACCUUUCUGGUUUCUAUCUUCUGACGCCACAAGGCGCACCCAUAGCCCUGAAACUGCUGAUCAAUGUCAAUCGGAGAGGGGUGGAUGGUUCGAAUCAUCGCUGCGUCAGAAGACGGACGUAGGUCUUCGUCGAACUUCGAAGGAUUUCUCUGGACAUCAUGUAGAAGAUUCUGGGUUAGGAGAUCAGUACUUGUCUCGUGGAGCUAAUGAUUUGAGCUCUGAAUGGGAAAACAGGUUGCAGGAGACAAUCCAGUUCGUGUUCAGCCACGAACAGGAGGGUUUGCUUGCUAUUGGGACGUUCGCCUUGGACCAGCUUGCGGGAGUGCGUAAUAGCCUUGAUGGUCGCCCACGCAAACCUUCUCAGAGCAAUUUGCGACGCAACAGUGUGCCCAAUGUGCCACUCGUUGAUCGCGAAGUCCGAAGCUCCGAAGACGAAGCCGAAUCCUGUCAGUCGGCGUCACGAGAUCCUCUUCCAGCAUGCGCUUCCAGUACCACCAUCACGAGGAAGGAUCUCCCAGUCUUCGGCGACCAUGAUGCAUCUUUUGGAGUAGUAUCGGUUGGCCACGCAGCAAGGAAUUACCUGCAGUUAUUCUCCUCUGUCGGAAGAGACAUUCCCGCAGUCCUCUUGCAAGCAGCCAUAGAUCCACGAAAAGAAGUGGAGACCCAGUUAGAGAGUCGACCUGGAAAGCAGCUUCAUGUGGGGACCUCCCCAACUGAUGAUCAUUCUGAUGAAGAAACCUUCUCACAGCGAAGGUGCGGCGUUGUGCUUUCCAGAUGGCGGACGUCGAAAUCGGACAUUAAAUCGAAGCGGAAGAAGCCACCUGAGAAGCAGCUGGACAACGUCGAUCGCGAGCUGCACAUGAGAGCUGAUGGUAAAAAUCGUGCCUCGAGAGGAAUCAAGCGGCUAUGGCGGUCAGGGUGCAGCCUUUGUGUUACAGCUAAAGUUGCUCCAGUCAAAAAGCAGAAUUUUCUGACCGCCGAGAGAGAAUUCCGGAAGCAGGGGCCUCCGUGCAUUGCAAACGUUGACAGCGGAGCAACAUCAACCUCGUCAACGCCAAACUCAUCGCCGCUGCCACACUGUCCACAAAAAGAACCAAAUCAGGCCGCUGAUUUGACGGGGGAGCUGUCGAGAAGACGAGGUGCUAGCUUAGGCAAGGGCUGGGCUUGCAACCAUAACGGAAAGUGGAUUCGAACAGACUCUGAGUUUGUCGUUCUAGAAAUGUGAGUGAUCGGGGACAGCCACUCAAUUCAUGGUGAAAAAUGUUUAUCACGGCAACGGGAAUCAACCGUUCAAGCUUGUCCACCAACAGCUACCAGCUCUUUUAUUAUGCUCCCUUCCUCUAAGUUGUGGUUCAUACACAAACAUAAAUGAAGUUGUUGGCGACAGAUCUUACUCUUACGUCUCGAACAAUUUUGCACGGGCAGCUGGCCCUUGAUUUCCACAAUGUAUAUAUGGGUUAUCGGAAUGAUCGGGAUCUAUGCGGCUGCAAUUUUAAUCCUGAGGAAUGACAACUCCAGCGUGCAAGCAUGGGAUAUGCUGGGGUCAGAUGAAUACUACCACAACUAAUCCAACAGCGACAUCUCGCAUGGCUCGAAAUCCUAGUACUGAUCUAGACACUCCUUAAAAACUGCUCGAACCAUGAUAAUGGACUCCUCCUCUGAUUUUGGAGAAGGUGCACAAUUAUGUGUUGUACAGAUCUCUGCAGGCAUUACUUGGUACCUAUAAUACUGUAAUCUGCCGCUUGGACCGUCUGUUUGUUUACUUUAUUCUGUUAUUUUUGUUGUGAAAUUUGCUUCAAAAAGUGAAAUUUAGAAUUCCUGGGGAAGGUCCAGCUGCACCAUUGCUAGUAACUUUGAUAAGUGCAAGUUCUCGCUUCGCCCGUCAGUUAGUUUCCCAUGAGUUUCACAACAAAGAAUACCGAGUUUUGUGGAGUGGAUUGCUCUUGUGCUUGCAUCAAAUUGUGUAGGGAGUGUUGACAUUGAUCCUCUUGAAAAGAAGUUGUAGUAAAGAGUUUUAGAGUCUUACACAAGGCGAAUGUGUUGACAUGAGUACGUUAUGGUCGCAGCAAUACAAAAACAGAACAUAAAUUAAAAUGAUUUAUUUAUUUAUUUAUUUA